AUGGAGCCUGAGGACCUGCCGUGGCCCGGCGAGCUCGAGGAGGAGGAGGAGGAGGAAGAGGAGGAGGAGGAGGAGGAACAGGCGGAGGAGCCGGCGAACCAGGAAGAGGACGAGGUGGUGGUGGUGGUGGAGGAGCUGGAGGAAGAGGAGGGGCGGGAGCUGGACUCGGACUUUAACUACGAGAGGCAGCAACGGGAGAGUACGGAGGACGAGGACGACGAGGAGGCCGAGGCCUGGCUGCAGGCGCAUCCCGGCCGGAGUUUGCUUCCGUCGUCUCUCCCGAGGCACUUCUUCCCGGAGGACAAGCUGACCGGCCCGGAGAAGGUUGUUCCAUUGACCUGUCAUGCAUGGCAACAGUCACUAUAUCAAGGCAAUAGUGUUACACAGAUUUCUGAUGCUAAUGUGGUCUCUGUGGAAAAAACAGCUCAGUGGAAUUCUGGAGAUGAUCAGAGAACAGAAUCUUGGCAUUGUCUUCCUCAAGAGAUGGAUUCUUCCCACACUUUGGAUGCAACCCAGACCAGUUUUAAUAUGAGAGAGGAAAGGACCGAAGUGACAGACUUCCCAUCUCUGGAGGAAGGUAUUUUGACCCAACCGGAAAAUCAAGUAAAGGAACCCAAGAGAGAUCUCUUAUGUUCACCGCUGCUAGUCAUACAAGACAACUUUGCUUCUCCUGAUUUGCCUUUGCUGACAUGUUUGACACAAGAUCAAGAGCCUGGGUCUGAUUCCUUAUUUCAACAAAGUGAACUAGAUUUUGCACCUUUGAGGGGAAUUCCUGGUAAGUCUGAAGAUACUGAAUGGUUUUCUCGACCGUCGGAAGUAAGUGAAGCUUUAUUCCAGGCAGCGUCAGAAGUAGCUUCAGACUUAGUUAACAGUUGUGUUAGUGUAUCUCAGCACUCACUUAUAGGUAGCACAGCUGUUGGGUCUCAGCGCUCUUUUUUACCUCCUGAACAAGGGACUAAAGAAGAGAUGGUUUCGUCUGAUACAGAUGAUGAACUGAAAACCCCCAAAGACUUUGAUAGUUAUGAUGUUCUUUGUUCAUAUAUGGCAUGGAAGACACAAGAAGUUCAGGAGCCAGAAACCAAUUUAGCUGAUGAAGGUCAAGUUUCAGUUUCAGCUUCAUCUGAUACAAGUGAUGAAUAUAUGACUCCUAAAGGAAGUAACAGUUUUGAUGAUUCUUGUUCAUAUGUGCGGUAUUGGAAACAGAAAGCUUUACAGCAGUCAGAAAAAUAUUUAACCAAGGGGCUGCAGGUGAAGGCUGAAUCUGACAUCUAUACUCUGGAUGAUGAUACUGAAUCCUGUAGCCUAGAUGAAAAUGCUGUUAUACACAGUACAAGAGUUGCUGAUCUACAAAGAGAGGUAGAUCGUUCUAAUACGGACACUAAUCAGUCUUUUUCAUCUGUAUUGCCUCCAUUUGUUCCUCAGGAGCCAACCAGAGAGUUGGAGUAUCACUCUUCAGAUCUCAGAAUGUUGAGAGUAUCUUCUGGCACUGUGCAAAAGACUCUCACACAUUUAGCAGGAGAUACGUCUAAAGAAGGCACAGCUACAGUUACUCAGUUCAGUUUGAAACCAGGCAUCACUACUACUCCUGGAGAUUCAGAUACUGGAUCUCAUUUAUCCUUGUUCCCGGAGGACUUUCCUCAGUUGACUUUAAGGUCUCCUCAAGAGAAUACUAUUGGUCCACAUACUGAUACACUCAACCAACAAGCAUUGGAUAGUCAUAUACCUGAAAAGACUCUAAAAGUUUCAGCUGUUCAUGAGCUAGCUGACCAGAAGACUGGGAUAUCAACAGUACCCUCUAGUUCCUGCUCACAAAGAGGGAAGCCCGAUACUUUAUACUUACGUGCCUUGCCAGAUAGUCACCUAACUGAAGAGGCUACAAAAGUUUUGGCUGUUCUGGGAUCUGUUGACCAGAAGACUGGCAUACCUACAGUCUUUCCAAGUUCCUACUCACUUGGAGAGAAACACAGUAUUUUCUACUCACAGUCCUUGCCAGACAGUUAUCUAACUGAAGAGGCUCUGAAAGUUUCAGCUGUUCUUGGGUCUGCUGACCAGGGGACUGAGAAAACAACAGUACCUUCUACUUCCUAUUUAGAAAGAGAAAAACACGUUAAUUUCUCCCAGCAGCAGUUGUCAGACAGUCAUCUAACUGAACAGGCCUUGAAAGUUUCAGUUGUUUCUGGACCAUCUGAUGAAAACACUGGGAUACCUACAUUACCUUCAAUUUCCUACUCACUUGGAGAGAAGCCCAGUAUCUUUUAUCAGCAGACCUUGCCAGAUAGUCAUUUAAUUGAACAGGCUCAGAAAGUUUCAGCUGUUCCUGGACCAGUUGAUCUAGGUACCCAGUUGACUAGGGUACCUGCAGCAUCCUCUACUUACUACUCAUAUGGAGAAAGUCCCCAAGUUUUCUAUCAACAGACAGUGCCAGAAAGUCAUCUACUUGAACAGGCUCUGAAAUUUUCAGCAGUUCCUGGAUCUACUGAGCAGAAGACUGGGAUACCAACGGUAACUUCUACUCCCUAUUCCCAUAGAGAGAAGCCCAGUCUUUUUUGCCAUCAGGAGUUACCAGAUAGUUCUCUAACUGAACAGGCUCAGAAAGUAUCACCUGUUCCUGGACCUGCUGAGCAGAAGACUGGGAUACCAGCUGUAACCUCUACUUCCUAUUUCCAUAGAGAGGAGCCCAGUAUUUUCUUCCAACAGAAGUUGCCAGGUAGUCCUCUAACCGAACAGACCCUGAAAUUUUCAGCUGCUCCUGGAUCUACCGAGCAGAGGACUGGGAUACCAACAUUAACCUCUGCUUCCUAUUCACAUAGAGAGAAGCCCAAUAUUUUCUGCCAGCAUGAGUUACCAGAGAGUCCUCUAACUGAACAGGCUCAGAAAAUUUCAACUGCUCCUGGAUCUACUGAGCAGAAGACUGGGAUACCAGCUAUAACCUCUACUUCCUAUUUCCAUAGAGAGAAGCCCAGUAUUUUCUUCCAACAGGAGUUGCCAGGUAGUCCUCUAACCGAAGAGGCCCUGAAAUUUUCAGCUGCUCCUGGAUCUACUGAGCAGAAGACUGGGAUACCAACCGUAACCUCUGCUUCCUAUUCACAUAGAGAGAAGCCUGAUAUUUUCUUCCAACAGGAGUUGCCAGAUAGUUCUCUAACUGAACAGGCCCUGAAAUUUUCAGAUGCUCCUGGAUCUGCCGAGCAGAGGACUGGGAUACCAACUGUAACCUCUGCUUCCUAUUCACAUAGAGAGAAGCCCAAUAUUUUCUGCCAGCAAGAGUUACCAGAGAGUCCUCUACCUGAACAGGCUCAGAAAGUUUCAGCUGCUCCUGGACCUGGUGAGCAGAAGACUGGGAUAUUAACCAUAACCUCUACUUCCUAUUCACAUGGAGAGAAGCCUGAUAUUUUCUGCCAACAAGAGUUAACAGAUAGUCCUCUAAUUGAACAGGCUCAGAAAGUUUCAGCUGCUCCUGGAUUUGCUGAGCAGAAGACUGGGAUACCAACCGUAACCUUUACUUCCUAUUCACUUAAGGAGAAGCCCUGUCUUUUCUACCAACAAGAGUUGCCAGAUAAUCCUCUAACUGAACAGGCCCAGAUAGUUCCAGGUGUUUCUGGACCAGAUGACCAGAAUACUGGGAUAGCAAUAGGGUCUUCUAGGCCCUACUCACUUGGAGAGCAGCCUAAUAUUUUUUCCCAGCAGGUAUUACCAGAUAGUCAUCUAACUGACGAGACUCUGAAAGUUUCAUCUGCUCCUAGACCAGGUAACCCAAAGACUGGGAUACCAACAGUACCCUCUAGUUCUUACUCACAUAGGGAGAAUUCCAGUAUUUUCUACCAACAGGUCUUACCAGGCUGUCAUCUAUCUGAAGAGGCUCUGAAAGUUUCAGUUGCUUGUGGACCAGCUGAAAUAAAGAGUGAGUUACCAUCAGAAGCCUCUAAUUUCUACACAGAGAGAGAGACCAGUAUUUUCUUCCAACAAGAGUUGCCAGACAGUCAUCUAACUGAACAGGCUCAGAAGGUUUCACCUGUUCCUGGACCUACUGACCAGAAGACUGAGAUAUCAACAGUAACCUCCACUUCUUACUCACAUAUAGAAAAGCCCUUUAUUUUCUACCCACAAGGCUUGCCGCACAGUCAUCUACCUCAAGAAGCUCUAAAAAUUACAGCUGUUUCUGAACCAGCUGAUGAGAAGAUUGGAAUACCAGUAGUUCCCUCCACUUCCUACUCACAGAGAGAGAAGCCCAUUAUUUUCUACCCACAGAUCAUACCAGAUACUCAUCUCACUGAAGAGGCUCUGAAAGUUUCAGCCAUAUCUGGAUCAGCUGACUGGAAGACUGGAAUACCAACAGUAUCCUCUACUUCCUACUCACAUAGAGAGGAGCCUAUUUGUUUUUCCCCACAGGCCUUGACAGGCAGUCAUCUACUUGAAGAGGCUCUGAAAGUUUCAGUUCUUCCUGAACCAGCUGACCAAAAGACUGAGCUACCACCAGAACCUUUUAAUUCCUACUCACAUGGAGAGAAGUCCAUUCUCUUCUACCCACAGAGCUUGACAGAUAGCCAGGUACCUCAGGAGGUUCUGAAAGUUUCAGUUCUUCCUGGAUCAGCUGACCAGAAGACUGAGCUACCAUCAGAACCUUUUAAUUCCUACUCACAUGAAGAGAAGUCCAUUCUCUUCUACCCACAGAGCUUGACAGAUAGCCAGGUACCUCAGGAGGUUCUGAAAGUUUCAGCUGUUUCUAGACCAGCUGAUCAGAAGACUGGGCUGCUAUCAGAACCUUCUAGCUCCUACUCACAUAGAGAGAAACCCAUUAUUUUCUAUUCACAGGGUUUGACAGCCAGCCAGGUACCCCAGGAGGCUCUCAGAGUUUCAGCUAUUCCUGGACCAGCUGACCAGAAGACUGGGUUGCCAUCAGAAUCUUCUAGUUCCUACUCACUUGGAGGAAAGUCUUUUAUUUUCUACGAACAGGCCUUAUCAGAUAGACAUCUCACUGAAGAGGCUCUUAAUAUUUCAGCUUCUCCUGGACCAGCAGACCAAGAAACUGGGAUAUCAACAGCGCCUUCUAUCUCAUACUCUCAUAUAGAGAAGCCAAGUAUUUUGUACCAACAGCCUUUGUCAGACAGUCAGCUGGCUGUAGAAGUUGUAGACGUUCCAGCUGUUUCUGGGCCAGGUGACCAGGAGAUCAGAAAACCAACAGUUACCUCUACUUCCUACUCACAUACAGAGAAUCCCGUCUUUUCUUAUCAGCAAGAAUCGCUAGAUCUUACUCAAGAGGCUUUAAAAGUUUUAAAGGUUCCUGGACUAGGUGACCAGAAGACUGGCAUACCAGCAUUAACCUCUACUUUUUACUCACAUACUGAGAAGCCCAACAUUUCUUACCAGCAGGAGUUGCCAGAUCCUAAUGAAGGUGCUUUAAGAGUUUUAGGCGCUCCUGGGCCAGCUGACCAGAAGACUGGGUUACAAAUUGGGACCUCCGCUUCCUAUUCACAUAGAGAGAACCCUAUCUUUUCUUACCAGAAGGAGUCAUCAAAUAUUACUGAAGAAACUUGGAAAGUUUCACCUGUUUCUGCACUAGCUAACCAGAAGACUGAGAUACAUAUAAUCCCCUCUAGUUCCUACUCAUCCAGAGAGAAGGGCAGUAUUUUUUACCAGCAAGAGUUUCCAGAUGUUACUGAAAAAGCUUUAAAAGUUUUCGUUCUUCCUGGACCUGUUGACCAGAAGACUGAAAUACCAACAGGACCUUCUAGCUCUUCCUCACAUAAAGAGAAUCUCACGAUUUCACCUGUGAUUUUACCAGAUGUCCAGAAGACUGAGUUUCUAACAGCUCCCCCUAGUUCCUACUCACAAAAAGAAAAACCCAAAAUUUCAACUGUGAUUGGAUCAGAUGACCAGAAGUCUCCAUUACUGACAGUUUUUCAUAAUUCCUAUUCUCAGAGAGUAAAGCCCACUAUUUUAUUUGAACAGCAGUUGCCAGAUAGAUAUCAAAGUGAGGAUAUUCUGAAGAUUUCACCUGUCCCUGAACCAACUGAUGUGAAUUCUGGGAUACCAAUACCUCUUUAUAGUUCCUCUUCCCACAGAGAGAAAUCUAAUAUUUUCUACCCACAGGAAUUGCCAGACAAACAUUUAGCUGAAGAUGCACUGAAGGUUUCAACAGUUCCUGUACCAGCUAACCAGAAAAGUCUGUUACCAACAGCUCCUCCUAGUUCCUUUUCACACAGAGAGAAACCAAAUAUAUUCUACCAACAGGAUUUUCCAGAUAGACCUCUACCUGAAGAUGCUGUGAUGUUCUCAAGUGGUCUUGGGCAAACUGAUCAAAUUAGUGGGUUAUCAACAGUUACUCCUGGUACUUAUUCACAUAGUGAGAAGCAGAAACUUGUUUCAGACCAUGUUCAAAUGCUAAUAGAUAAUUUGGAUUCUCCUAACUCCAGUAUUAUCUCAAGUAGUAUGCCUUUAAGUUCUCAGGCUGCUGGUAGAGUUGUAAUAAGUAAGCCAGAAUCUUUAGGUUUUGAAGAUAUUGGCUCUGAUGAAAUUCAAGAUACAAGCAAUAGUUCUAAAACUCUUAAAGAGAUUCGGACCCUUUUAAUGGAGGCAGAAAAUAUAGCACUGAAACGAUGCAAUUUUUCUGCUCCUCUUGUCCCUUUCCGAGAUGUUAAUGAUAUUUCAUUUGUACAAUCUAAGAAGAUGGUUUGCUUCAAAGAACCCCUCACAGCUGCUGAAUUUAAUAGUGAUUUGCCUCAGAGACUGCCAUAUACAGAGGAAAGCCCAAGUGACAAGUACAUACAGAAAGAUAGUAGCACACAGACAAAUCUGAAAUGCCAGAGAGGCAUUGAGAAUUGGGAGUUUAUUAGUUCAACAACAGUUAGAAGUCCUCUACAAGAAGCAGAAAGCAAAGCCAGAGUGAGGUUAGAUGAAACUCUUCGACAAUAUAGAGCAGCCAAAUCCGUAAUGAGAUCUGAACCUGAAGGAUAUUGUGGAACCAUUGAGAAUAAAAUUGUUAUCCCUUUGAUGACUGUCAUUAAAAGUGACUCAAGUAGUGAUGCCAGUUCCUGCUCGUGCGACAGUAAUUCUUUGGAGUCAGUUUCUGAUGUUCUUGUAAACUUCUUUCCAUAUGCUUCGCCCAAGACAAGCUUGACAGAUAGCAGAGAAGAAGAAGGUGUGUCAGAGAGUGAUGAUUGUGGUGGUAGCAGUGUAGAUUCACUGGCUGCACAUGUCAAAAACCUCCUCAAGUGUGAAUCCUCAUUGAAUCAUGCUAAGCAAAUACUCAGAAAUGCAGAAGAAGAGGAAUGUCGAGUACGAGCACGAGCCUGGAAUCUGAAAUUUAAUCUGGCUCAUGAGUGUGGCUACUCCAUUUCAGAAUUAAAUGAAGCCGACAGGAGAAAAGUAGAAGAGAUCAAAGCAGAGUUGUUCAGUCAUGGGAGAACAACUGAGUUGUCCAAGGGUUUACAGAGUCCACGGGGAAUAAGAUGCAACCCAGAAGCUGUAUGUAGUCACAUUAUUAUUGAAAGCCAUGAAAAAGGAUGUUUCAGGACGCUAAGUGCUGAGCAACCACAGUUGGAUAGCCACCCUUAUGUUUUCAGAUCUACUGAUCCCUCAGACAUUAUCAGAGGACAACGGAGUCCAUCAUCAUGGAGAACCAGACACAUCAACCUUUCCAGAUCAUUAGAGCAGAGGAACCCCCAUUUCAAAGUUUGGAAUUCCUUGCAGUUACGAAGUCCUUCCCCAUUUCAAAACUUUACAGCUGAUGACUUCAGAAUUAGCCAGGGUCUUCGAAUACCAUUCCGUGAAAAGAUAGACCCUUGCCUAUCAGAAUUAGUAGAACCUGCUUAUGUGCCACCCGAAGAAAUGGAUUGUCAUUCUUCAUCACAAAUGCUGCCCCCAGAAUCUAUGAAAAAGUUUACUACUUCCAUCACUUUUGCAUCUCACCGACACUCUAAAUGCUUUUCAGAUUCCUCUGUUCUUAAGGUUGGUGUUACUGAAGGUAGCCAGUGUACUGGAGCAUCUGUGGGGGUAUUUAAUUCUCAUUUCACUGAAGAGCAAAAUCCUCCCAGAGAUCUAGAACAGAAAACCUCUUCCCCUUCAUCAUUUAAAAUUGUUAGUCAUACACCAGAUAAUGCUGUGACUAUUUUAGCAGAAAGUAGUAGCCAAAGUAAAAAAUUAUCUAUUGAACAUUCUCAUCAAGAAGAAAAACUCUUAGAAAGAUCAGAUAUCAAAGGCAGUGAUUCUGAGCCCAGUACCAGUGCAAAGUAUAGCAGUGUCAAGGAAGUUCAUUUUUCUGAUAACCAUACCCUCAUUAGCGUGAGCAGACCAAGUUCCACACUAGGAGUAAAAGAGAAGACUGUAACUGUAACUCCAGAUCUUUCUUCGCACAUCUUUCUUGAACAAAAAGAGCUCUUUGAACAAAGCAAAGCCCCACAUGCAGAUCACCAUGUGAGAAAAUACCAUUCUCCCCCUCCUCAACAUCAGGAUUAUGUAGCUCCAAACCUUCCUUGUCGCAUUUUUCUUGAAAAACGAGAACUCUUUGAACAAAGCAAAGCCCCACAUUUAGAUCAUCAGAUGAGAGAAAACCAGUCUCCCUUUCCUCAAGUUCAGGAUUGUAUAGCUUCAGACCUUCCUUCUUCCAUUUUUCUCGAACAACGCCAGCUCUUUGAACAAAGCAAAGCCCCAGAUGUAGAUCACAUGGGAAAAUACCAUUCCCCCUUUCCUCAAGGUCAGAAUUAUGUAGUAGAAAAGAAUAAUCAACAUAAGUUUAAAUCAUACAUUUCUAAUAUGAUAAAUGUUGAAACCAAGUUUGAUUCUGUGGUCUCCCAACAAGUUCCAAGUCAGUGUACAUUAGUAACAUCUGCAUCUACUCCACCCUCAAAUAGAAAAGCACUUUCUUGUGUUCGCAUAACUCUUUAUCCCAAGACUCCUUCCAAGUUGGAUAGUGGAACCAUAGAUAAAGGAUUGCAUUCAUUGGAUCCUGCUUCUAAAACAAAGACGAAUAGUGAGUUUAACUCUGACCUACAAACUAUAUCUUCAGGAUCAUUGGAACCAACCUCCAAAUUAUUGACCAGUAAACCUGUAGCACAGAAUCAAGAAUCUUUAGGUUUUCUAGGACUUAAAUCUUCACCGGACUUUCAAGUUGUACAAUCUCCUCUUCCAGAUAGUAAUACUGUUUCUCAGGACUUGAAAACCGUACCUUUUCAGAAUAGCGAGAUAGUAACCUCAAGGCAAACACAAGUGAACAUUUCAGAUUUGGAAGGAUAUUCCAGUCCAGAAGGGACUCCGGUAUCUGCAGAUCGACCAUCAGAGGAGAUUAAGACCCCAUUUUCUCCCUUUUCUGGAAAACUAUCAUCUGAUGCAGUCACUCAGAUAACAACAGAAAGUCCAGGAAAAACCCUAUUUUCAUCUGAAAUUUUUAUUAAUCCUGAAGAUCGUGGAUUUGAAAUUCCAGAGCCCAGUACCCAGAAGUUAGACAAGGUUCCUGCCAAGUUUGUUUCCUCAUCUUCAGUCCAACAGAUUCCUUAUCCUCGUGUCACAGAUGUUCAGCCUUCACUGUUGCCAUAUAAGCCUCCUGGUAGUACCAGGAUGUACUAUGUUCCACAAUUAGGAAAAAUUCCUUCAUCUCUGGAUUCCACAUCAGAUACCACCAUUGAGAGUUCUCACUCAGGAUCCAAUGAUGCCAUUGCUCCAGACUUCCCAGCGGAGGUGCUAGGCACAAGGGAUGAUGACCUGUCAAUCCCUGCUAACACUAAACAUAAAGAGGGUAUCUACAGUAAGAGGGUGGUGUCUAAGCCAUCCUCGACAGUGGGGAAAAAAAACCCUCAGAAAGAUAAUACAGAUGCCGAAGUUCAGGUUUCCAUCAGUGGGGAUGAGAACCUUUCAGACAAAAACCAGAAAAAGGAUAUCAACAGUAAAAAGGCGGUGACUAAGGCUGCCCCACCUGAAGAGAAAGCAUUCUUGGAAAAAUCCACUGCAGGUAACUGA